GAAAAACAGAAUGCAAUGAGCAACGUGAAACGCACUGCAGAAGGGAAAAAAAAAAAAAGAGGCCAGGCGGAGGCCCCGCCCGCCGGGGAGGAGGACGCGGUUGGCGCUCCCGCCCCCGCCUGGGGCCGCGCCCCUGUUCUCAAUCAGGUCCGACUCCACACCAUAACACACAGGCGCGCCGCGCCCGCUCCUCACUGGUGUCGGAAGGCUCGCGGUCGCAGCAUGUCCGGCAGAGGCAAGGGCGGGAAGGGGCUCGGCAAGGGGGGCGCCAAGCGCCACCGCAAGGUGCUGCGCGACAACAUCCAGGGCAUCACCAAGCCGGCCAUCCGCCGCCUGGCGCGGCGCGGCGGCGUCAAGCGCAUCUCGGGGCUCAUCUACGAGGAGACGCGCGGCGUGCUCAAGGUCUUCCUGGAGAACGUCAUCCGCGACGCCGUCACCUACACCGAGCACGCCAAGAGGAAGACGGUCACGGCCAUGGACGUGGUCUACGCGCUUAAGCGCCAGGGACGCACCCUCUACGGCUUCGGCGGUUAAACUCGUCUCCGAUUUCGGCAGCCCAAACACGCUUUCAGCAACCCAAAGGCUCUUUUCAGAGCCGCCCACUUGGUUCCAACAAAGAGCUGUGUCACCUUGCCUAA